AUGGAAAAAUUCGAUUGGAAAGGAACAAUUAAAAUAAAUAUUUUUCUUCUAAAAAUAGUGGGAUUAUGGCCUAAAGGAGACGAAGUAUACAAAUGUGAUCUUUACACCUGUUAUGCUAUAACCUCGACAACACUGUUUACAAUUUGCCACAAUCUACUGCAAACUAUAAACCUAUUCUUUAUUUAUAAAGAUUUAGAAGCACUAACUGCAAGCAUUUUCAUUGCUUUAACUCAGCUGCUAGCUAUAUUGAAAUCGUACUACUUAGUUCAAAACAUGGGUACACUCAAACAUCUCAUGGUUACUUUGAAUAGUAACAUGUUUCAACCUAAAAAUCUCGAACAAAGAAGACUGAUUAACCCAAAUCUUGAGGCUUGGAAAUUACUUUUUAAAGUUUACUGGGGUAAUGCCUGUUGUACACUUCUCCUUUGGGCUAUAUAUCCGAUAAUGGACGGCUCUGUCAGUCAACAUAGGUUGCCCUUAUUGGUGUGGUAUCCUUACACCACAGAAAGUUCACCACUUUAUGAAAUUACGUACAUUUAUCAGCUGAUGUGUUCCUAUUUUAUUUGCAUCAUUAAUAUUAGCGUUGAUACUCUUAUUGCCGCUUUAAAUAUGUAUAUUGGAGCUCAGUGCGACAUAUUAUGUGAUAACUUGAAAAAUAUAAAUCAUCAUAUGGGUACUGUGAAUUCUCAGUGGAGAAAAUGUAUAGCCCAUCAUAAGGAAAUCCUAAAGUAACGUAACAAAGAUUAAAUUUUAAGUUGUGAUCUAUUUUAUAUUUUUAGGUUUGCUGACAAUUCCCAAAAAUUUUUCAACUGGAUUGUUUUAAUACAGUUUUUUACAAGCGCCGUUUCAAUUGCAUUUACAAUGUUUCAAUUGACUGUGGUGGCUCCAUUUUCAAGCGAAUUCUAUUCGUUUAUAUUCUAUUUGUUAUCUGUCACAGUGGAAAUUUUCAUGUAUUGUUGGUUUGGAAAUCAAGUUGAAGUUAAAAGCAGCAAUAUUUGUUAUGCGGCUUUCGAAUCACAGUGGGUCGAAGCAGAUGAAGACACUAAAAGUAUUAUUUUGUUUUUUAAUCUGAGGUGCCAGAACCCCAUCAAAAUGUCAGCUUUAAAUUUGUUUUAUUUAUCAUUGGACACGUUCAUGACGAUUCUUCGAACAUCAUGGUCAUAUUUUGCUGUACUUCAUCAAGUCAACUUGCGAAAAUCCUGA